AGAACUGAAUUUACGAUGGGAAAAAUGAGAAACUGACAGAACUGAAAAGGGCAGAUCUUUCCAUCCCUAACGCGCUGUUUGCUCAGAAGGGGCUCGCGGGGGCUGCAAUGCGCCUUGUGCCCAGGACUGCCGCCUCGCUCUCUUCCCCUCUCCCCGCCGCCCACCCCGCAAGCCGCGGAUCUGGGCAGAAAGGGCAACCGGCUCGGUCCCUGCCUCUCCCCUCUUCCCCAGCCUGGCAAGACUGACAAGGGUGCAAAGUCUGUUUCUUAUCAAGGGAGGCCGGCGCGAUUCCGGGAGGAAGGGCCCGAUGGACUGCCUCUGUCUGGAGAUCCGAUGCACCCAGCCGCCUCCGGGCGCUGCAAAGCUCUGGGCGCCGUCGCCACCCGCGUCCCGAGCGAAGGGGAGACGAGAUCGCUCCCGCACUCACCCAUGUACAUGCUGGCGACCAUCGUGUGGUUGGGGGAAAAGCCGUAGCUCCCUGGCAGAGCAUCUGCUUUGUGUUCUGAGGGUCCCAGGUUCGACGUCCAGCUUCUCCAGAAAGAGGAGAAAGAAGACGUGAAAAGGAGGAGGGGGGCAGGCGCUGUCCUUUCAGCACCAUGGUGAGUCGCAGAUACUCUGGCUAUCUGGCAGACGAUGAGAGCCUCAGGGGACCUCAGCUGAGGCACCUGGACACCAGCCAGAGACAAGAUGCCUGCGACUGGGGAAGCCUCCUCAGGCCACCUUCCCGCUGUCAGUUCCGGGAUCAAUUCACCGCCUCCACUGCUUCUGCAUACAGCGCUUUCACCAGGUCAAGCAAAGGGAAACGCAAACAGCGAGCGGAGAGCACCCGAGAAAGCAGCCACCUUGCAAAUGAAUUCUCAGAGUUUGUGGAUUUCUUAGCGGAUGAGGAGGUCCUAGACAGCCUUCAGAACAUCGUCGAGGACGCCGUCCAGAAACUGCGACAGGUGACGACAGAGGAUGGAGAGCAUAUAUUUGACGUCCAGGAAGAUUCCGCCUCGAGCCUUGAAAGCGGAUCGUGGUCAUUUUCCUACAGCUCCCGGUCUAGGCGCCAGACCACCACCAAUACGUCCAGCUCUGAAGAUGACUGGGAGACGCGUCUCCAGAGCAGAAGGCAGCUAAAACCGGAAGGCAAAAUGUGCCUCUUGGAUAAAUAUGCCGCCAGGCUCCCCAAGCUAGAGAGGAAGCCCACGGAGGAAGUUUCUGGAGGAUUCCAUGCAGAGACAUUUUCAGAACGAUCAGGGGACAAUUAUUAUUUCCGGCAAGAACACUUCCACAUUUGGGCCAAAUUGGCAGAGUCUUUCCCUAAGAUACGGCCACCCAAAAAAGAUUAUUUUGCAAAAUUUAGAAAAGAGAUCCCAAGACAGUCACUCUCGAUAGAAUCCCUCCAGAAGGAGAUCACCAAUGUUCUAAAACGCCCCACGCCCAGCAGUAUACCCUUGUAUUAUCCAGGAACUCAGCCUUUCCAAGCCCUAGACUUCUUAGAAGAAAACAAAAUCCUUGCCGCUCUCCAAGAUAUUAUAAACCAAGCUGUCCUCAAAGUCCUGGAGGCGACUGUGACAGAUGGAAUCCCCACCGUGAACCUUUUCGACGACCAAGGCCAAUUUUUGAUGCUGUGGGACUCUUCAAAGGGAGGCAGCGAGGAAGAAGAGGAGAUGAAGAGCGGCUCAGCAGCUUCCGGGAGCGUGGAAGAAUCGUCGGAUGAGGGCGACUCCAAAUCCGAAGACGGGAAGUCGGCAGACGGGGGGAAGAAGAAGAAGAAGAAGAAAAAGGGGAAAAAGAAAAAGAAAGCGAAGGGAGAGUCUCCGGUGACAGAAGAGAAGGCUAAGCCAAAAUAUACCCCCCCGCCCCUUCCCAAAAGCAAGCGGAAAUCUAUGGUGUCGGAGGAGUCUCAGCGCAAGCCCAAAUAUGUGCCGCCUCCGCUGCCAAAGUCAAAGCCGCGGGCACCACCCGACGAGCCCCCGCCCAAACCAAAAUAUGUCCCACCCCCACUUCCGAAACCAAAACAGAAAAAGCAAGACUCCGCCCAGGCAGUAGCUGAGUCCGCCAAACAGCCUGUUGUUUCAAGGCAUAUCAUUAGUCCCAAAGACAUCAAGCGUGCCCGGCUGCAGGGCCGGCCUAUCCCCAAGCAAUCCAUCAUCGAUUUUCUGAUUGAAAACGCCGCCAAGCUAAUCUUAUACAAGUACAACUACGAAACACUUCUCUCUGAGAAGCUGGGAUUCAUAUCGGUUCCCGUGACGAAGGUCCUCCUGGAGAUCAUGUUUGGCUACAAGAGAGUUAAGGACAGCGGGAUACGCCUCUCCUCUCAAAUCGACUGGUCGACAGUCUACAAUGAGAUCUACACGCUGCGCCCGCCUAAGCCCAAGACCCCAAAACACAAAGCAGGGGACAAAAAGAAAGGCAAGGAGAAGAAAAAGAAAGCUGCGGACAAGCAGAAGAAAUCAGGGGAGAAGAAGAGUGUCCUUUUUAAAUCUGAAAUGCCCACAGGCAAAGUCGUGCUCAUGAAGUCCCCUGUAGAGCAUGACGCUGCAUCGAGCAAAAUGCGGCGAGCAGACUCCACUACCGAGCAAGAGGAUGAUCAAGCUCCAGAUAUUUUCGAGAUAGUUCCUCCACAAUUUCCCAGAGAGGAUGAAACCGACGAGAUCUCUGUAGAUGGCGAGAACCAUCUAGUCCAACCAAUAACAUCUAAGGAUUCUGUCACCUCUGCCUUGGACAGCCCAAAGAUAUCUGUUGCUUCUGAAGACAGCCCGACAAAAAUCAUAGACACUCCUCAAGAUUCCGAAGGCCCAUCACCGCCUAACGUGUCCCCAAAGCAAUCAUUGUCUCAAAAAUUAAGCAUAGCUCCGGAUAACAACAGAGGAUCUGGGACUCUUUUGCCUGAAGUGGAAUCUUCGGGUCAGGUGUCUGGAGAACUCUUGAAGAAAGUCUUGUCGUCUCGAAAGUCUAGCUUGAAUAUGGAGGGCAGCAAGACUCUUCUGCCUAAAAUCUCAAACUAA